AUGUUAAGAAACACAGUAAAAAGAUUAAUGACUUAUACUUUUAAACCAAGUAAACAAACAAGUUCUUUUGGACCAUCAGUGUGGUUGGAAUUUUCACCAUUAGCAAUUAAAUAUAAUGCAGUUAAUUUAGGACAAGGAUUUCCAAAUUUUGAACCACCAAAAUUUGUAAAAGAUGCAAUGAUAAAAACAAUUGAAGUUGGUGGAUUUAAUCAAUAUACACGUUCACCAGGACAUAUUAGAUUGGUUAAAGCAUUAUCAUCAGUAUAUUCACCAUACUUUGGUAGAGAAUUGAAUGCAAUGACAGAGAUUAUGGUUGGAGUAGGAGCAUCUGAAUCAUUAUUUGCAGCGAUUUCAUCGAUUGUUAAUGAAGGUGAUGAAGUUAUUUUAAUUGAACCAUUCUUUGAUAUCUAUAUUGGACCAAUUUUAAUGGCAGGUGGUAUACCAAAAUUUGUAACAUUAAAAGAGGAGGAGUCGUCUCAAGCUGGUAGUUCAGAUAAAAAAAGAUCAUCAAAACAUUGGAAAAUUAAUAAGGAAGAAUUGGCAGCAGCAUUCACAGAUAAAACCAAAUUAAUCAUUUUAAACAAUCCUCAUAAUCCAGUUGGUAAAGUUUAUAGUAAAGAAGAGUUACAAGAGAUUGCUGAUGUCGUUGCUAAACAUGGUCCAAAUACAACUGUCAUCAGUGAUGAAGUAUAUGAAUGGAUGACAUUCGAUGGUGAAGAACAUCAUAGAUUCGCAACAUUACCUGGUAUGUGGGAAAGAACAAUCACAAUUGGUUCAGCUGGUAAAACAUUUUCAAUCACUGGUUGGAAAGUAGGUUGGUGUAUCGGUCCUUCCAAUAUCAUUGGAGCAAUUGCAAACACUCAUCAAUAUGUGCCAUUCAGUGUACCAACACCAACUCAAGAAGCUGUAGCCAUAGCUUUGGAGCAACCAAAUAUAAAAGACUACUUUAAAGAAUUGGCAACAAUGUAUCAAAAUAAAAGAGAUACUCUCUUAAAUUCACUCACCCAAGCAGGUUUAGAUCCUGUCAUCCCACAAGGUACUUACUUUAUCAUGGGUGAUACUUCAAGUAUACACUUACAAGGUGAUCAAGGUAAAGAUACCUCAAUCACUGGUAUGGGUUUACAUUUACGUGAUUGGAAUAUAGCUCGUUAUUUAACAACUGAAUAUGGUGUAACUACAAUUCCACCUUCUGCUUUCUAUUGUGAUGAUCAUCAAAAAAUACCCGAAAAUUUCGUACGUUUCACUUUUUGUAAAGAUGAUUUAACUUUGCAAAAAGCUCAUGAUAAUUUAUUAAAAUUAAAAAAAUAA